GGACUUUUCUGUGUUUUAGAUACGGUCGCCUUUUCAUUUUUAUAUAUCUGUUGGCUAAUAACAAAAAAACAUUUUAGUUUUAAUACAAUGGCUUUGACUGCUGGAAUUAUAAUAAUUAACGCGUUUUUAUUCGGAACAGUUUACUCAAACACAUGCAGUUCAUUUAAAAUAAGCAAGGAAAAUAUCAACACAGCCUUGAUCGGUCAUUCUAUUCUCGCAGUUAAUGAUACAAACCACUACAAUUGUGCGCAAACCUGUAUGGCAAUGUCCGUCUGUAAAUCGAUCGACUUUGACCGAAACGAGCACGUGUGUAAAUUAAACGAUGUUGACCAGUCGUCCGUUGAUCCGUCGGAGUUUGAAACAAAACAAGGCUCUAUAUUCUCUGAUAUCAGCGAAUGGCCUAGCUCUAUGGUUGGAAGUUGUGGCUCAAGGCCGUGUAAAGCGACCCAAAGAUGUUACCAAAAUGGUGCUUCACAUGUGUGCAAAGACAUAAUUACAUCCUGUGCUUUUGAUCAGAAAAUUGAAAAUGGUGAAAUACAGACUAUAACUCCUGACGAAAACAAGUUUCUCGACGUAGCUCAAGUAAAAUGUGACGAAGGAUAUGUUCCUAGUCAACAAGACGUGAAAUGUAAGGCUUCGGGACAAUGGCAGUCUGCAACGUGCACGAAAGAAAAAUUACCAAGUGAUUGUAAAGAAGUCCUUGAUAAGGCUCCUGAGGCGAAAAGUGGACAAUAUGAGAUAGAACUAUGGAAAUCUGGGAAGAUUCUGACCGUGAAUUGUGACAUGGAAACCGAAGGCGGAGGUUGGACGCUAUUUCAUAGGCGAAUAGACGGGUCAGUGGACUUUUAUCGCAACUUUACUGAGUAUGAGAAUUGCUUUGGGAACGUUGAUGGAGAGUUUUGGCUAGGUUUAAAGUAUCUACAAGAACUAGCUGAACAAGGUUCUACAGAGAUUCGUCUUGACAUGACAAGACGUGAUAGUACAACAGGUCAUGAAACUUGUCCAGACUUUAUGUUAACAGAAGGAACAAAUUAUAAACUAAACAUUGGGUCAUGCAUAAACGUUAGAUUCAAGUUUGCAGAAUAUAGCUUUGCUUAUAAUAAUCAAAUGCCAUUUACAACUUACGACCGUGAUCUUGACACAAGAAGUGGAAAAUGUGCCGUGGAGGACCAUGGAGCUUGGUGGUAUAAUGGCUGUAGUUAUGCCUAUCUAAAUGGAUACUAUGGGACGCCAGGCACGAAUUGUGAAAAUCACAUCAGAGGUUGGUGUGGACACGUCCAUUAUGGGGUUGAAGGCCGUUUGUCAUUGAGAACGGUCUUUAAAUUUAAAUGA